UAUCUUCACCGCACGGCGCGGCGGCAGCUCGGUGGAGGGGAAGGGCAGAGCGGCCACCAUGGCAACACCCCUCUCCCACCCCCAGCGGCGCCCCCCCGUCCUCCGCCAGGCCAUCAAGAUAAGGCGCCGCAGGGUCAGAGAUCUGCAGGAUCCGCUGGCCCAAACCGCUCAGGAGCUCGAGCCUCCAUCCCACCACCUCUCCCCUGAGGAGCGGGCCCUGCUCUACGAGGAAGCUCUCUACACCGUCCUGCACCGCCUGGGUCAGCCUGAGCCCAGCCAUGUGCGGGAGGCCUCUGAGCUGCUGCAGUACCUGCAGGAGGCCUUCCACAUGGAGCCCGAGGAGCACCAGCAGAUGCUGCAGCAGGUCCAGAAGCUUGAGAAGCCAAUAUUUUGUCUGAAGGCAACUGUGAAACAAGCUAAGGGCAUUCUGGGCAAAGAUGUCAGUGGAUUCAGUGACCCCUACUGCCUGCUGGGCAUUGAGCAGGGGGUGGGCGUGCAGGGGGGCAGCCCUGGGUCCCGGCAUCGGCAGAAGGCUGUGGUGAGGCACACCAUCCCGGAGGAGCAGACCCACCGCACCCAGGUCAUCACCCAGACACUCAACCCUGUCUGGGAGGAGACCUUCAUCCUGGAGUUUGAGGACAUAAGCAACUCAAGCUUCCAUCUGGACAUGUGGGAUAUGGAUACUGUGGAGUCCGUCAGACAGAAGCUCGGGGAGCUCACAGAUCUGCACGGGCUGCGAAGGAUCUUUAAGGAGGCACGGAAGGACAAAGGCCAGGACGAUUUUCUGGGGAACGUGGUUGUGAGGCUACAGGACCUGCGCUGCCGGGAGGAUCAGUGGUACCCUCUGGAGCCCUGCACCGAGACCUACCCAGACCGCGGUCAGUGCCACCUCCAGUUCCAGCUCAUUCACAAGAGGAGAGCCCCGGCGGCCAGCCGCUCCCAGCCCAGCUACACGGUGCACCUCCACCUGCUCCAGCAGCUGGUGUCCCAUGAGGUCACCCGGCACCAGGCAGGCAGUACCUCCUGGGACGGGUCGCUGAGUCCCCAGGCUGCCACCAUCCUCUUUCUCCAUGCCACGCAGAAGGACCUAUCCGACUUCCACCAGUCCUUGGCGCAGUGGCUGGCUUAUAGCCGCCUCUACCAGAGCCUGGAGUUCCCGAGCAGCUGCCUCCUGCACCCCAUCACCAGCAUCGAGUACCAGUGGAUCCAGGGCCGGCUCAAGGGAGAACAGGUGGGCUGCGGUGGAGGGAGGAGUGUCGGGCAGGCAGGGCUCCGGGAGGCGGCAUGGCCGCCCGUGACGCAGCCCCGACUCUGUGCGGCCCUGCAGCUGGAGGAGCUGACCGCCUCGUUCAGCAAGCUGCUGGCCUACGGCCUCUCGCUCCUCCGCCAGUUCCGGUCGGUUUUCCCCCUCUCUGUGCCCGACUCCCCGGCCCGGCUGCAGUCUCUGCUCAGGGUCCUGGUACAGAUGUGCAAGAUGAAGGCCUUCAGAGAGCUGUGUCCUGACAGCACCCCACUGCCCCGCCUGGUGACGGAGACGCUGAGGACUGGCACGGUCCAGUGGUUCCACCUGAAGCAACAGCACCAUCAGCCCAUGGUGCCGGGCAUGCUGGAGGCGGGCAGAGCCCUGCUGAGCCUGGUACAGGACAUCAUAGGUGACCUACACCAGUGCCAGCACACGUGGAACAAGAUCUUCCAGAACACCCUCAAGAUCGACCUCUUCUCCAUGGCUUUCCUGGAGCUGCAGUGGCUGGUGGCCAAGCGGGUGCAGGACCACACGGCGGCGGUGGCGGGCAGCCCCGUGUCCCCAGAGAUGGGCGAGAGUCUAUUCCAGCUCUAUGUCAGCCUCAAGCAGCUCUGCCAGCUGGACCCGGGCCCCACAGAGAGGGAUGGAGUCCUGGCCCUGGAUGGCUUUCACCGCUGGUUCCAGCCCGCCAUCCCCUCCUGGCUGCAGAAGACUUACAGCGUGGCCCUGGCGCGGGUGCAGCGCGCUGUGCAGAUGGACGAGCUGGUGCCCCUGAGUGAACUGACCAAGCACAGCACAUCAGCCGUGGAUCUGUCCACCUGCUUCGCCCAGAUCAGCCAUACUGCCCGGCAGCUGGACUGGCCCGACCCAGAGGAGGCCUUCAUGAUCACCGUCAAGUUUGUGGAGGAUACCUGUCGCCUGGCUCUGGUAUACUGCAGCCUUAUAAAGGCCCGGGCCCGGGAGCUCUCUGCAGGCCAGAAGGACCAGGGCCAGGCAGCCAACAUGCUGUGCGUGGUGGUGAAUGACAUGGAGCAGCUGCGGCUGGUGAUCGGCAAGCUGCCCACCCAGCUGGCGUGGGAGGCUCUGGAACAGCGAGUAGGGGCCGUGCUGGAGCAGGGCCAGCUGCAGAACACGCUGCAUGCCCAACUGCAGGGCGCGCUGGCUGGGCUGGGCCAUGAGAUCCGCACCGGCGUCCGCACCCUGGCGAAGCAGCUGGAGGUGGGCAUUGCCAAGCACAUCCAGAAACUCAUGGGCCUCAAGGAGUCUGUCCUGCCUGAGGAUGCCAUUCUGCCCCUGAUGAAGUUUCUGGAGGUGAAGCUCUGCUACCUGAAUACCAACUUGGUGCAGGAGAACUUCAGCAGCCUCCUGACCCUGCUCUGGACCUACACGCUCACCCUGCUGAGGGAGGGGGCUGCCUCCCAGCGGAGCUGCCCCCUGGCCUCUAGCAGGCUGAAGACUGCCCUGCAGAAUCUGGAGAUCUGCUUCUACGCAGAGGGCUGCGGCCUGCCACCUGCAGCCCUGCACACCAACACCUUCCAGGCUCUGCAGAGGGACCUGGAGCUGCAGGCCACUUCCAGCCGGGAGCUCAUCCAGAAGUACUUCUGCAGCCGCAUCCAGCAGCAGGCGGAAACGGCCUCCGAGGAGCUGGGGGCUGUCACAGUCAAGGCUUCCUACCGCGCCUCUGAGCAGAAGCUACGUGUGGAACUGCUCAGCGCCUCCAGCCUGCUGCCCCUGGACUCCAACGGCUCCAGCGAUCCCUUUGUCCAGCUGACCUUGGAGCCCAGGCACGAGUUCCCUGAGCUGGCCCCCCGGGAGACCCAAAAGCACAAGAAGGACCUUCACCCCCUGUUUGAUGAAACCUUUGAAUUCCUGGUGCCUGCUGAGCCGUGCCAGAAGGACGGAGCGUGCCUCCUGCUCACGGUGCUGGACCACGACACGCUGGGGGCUGACGACUUGGAAGGGGAGGCCUUUCUGCCACUACGCUCCAUGCCGGGCCUGACUGGGCCUGAGGAGCCUGGCGAGGUGCCUCAGACCCGCCUGCCCCUCACCUACCCUGCACUCAACGGGGAUCCCAUCCUGCAGCUGUUGGAGAGCCGGAAGGGUGACCGGGAGGCCCAGGCGUUUGUGAGGCUGCGGCGGCAGCGAGCCAAGCAGGCCUCCCAGCAUGCCCCAAGGCCGGGGCGGUAGCAGUGGAGGUUAGGGAUGGGGUUGGGCGCCCGUAGCGACGGGCUUUCCUGAAAGGUCUGGGUUCUCCCACCAUAGUGCAAGCCCUCCAGCCUGGCCUAAUGCUCCAGAAGGGCCCUGGCAAGCCUGGGGAACCCCAGCGCGUGGAAGGCCCAGCAUGAAGAUCCCGUCUGGUCCUCCUGCCAGAGCAGGGGCCCAUGGUGCUGGUGCUAGGACCCUGUUAGUAUUUAUAUUCCCUUCUUCCUGCCUUCAGCCCUGGCCUCAGCAUUCUCUACCGAAUCUCAGCACCAGGGGGAGGGGGCAGCUGUCUGCGGCUCCCGCCCCCGCUUCCCUCUUUGGGGGAAGCUGCUCGGGCAGAGACGUCUUGGCCACCUGUUUCUGGCAUGCCUAUUCCAGUCACUGGGGUGGAGGUUAGGCUCCCGUGGGCCUGUUCUUUAACACCCCUACCUUGGUUCACUGGGGCUAGGGCUAUGGCACAAUAGCCUGGGGGAGGGAGGGGGCCCUGCCAGAGACGAGGCUACAGCUGCCCUGGCAGGGAGGGCAGCAGCUAUAAGGAAGGGAGCCUGGCUCCUCUCCUGAGGUGGCUGCCAGUACCCAGGCUAAGGAGCCUACAGCCAAGGAGCUUCUGGCUCUGAAGAGGUGAAAACUGGCAGGCAGUGGGGCUGGCAUGGAGGGGCAGAAGCAGAAAAGACGGCUUGGCCAGCCGUGUCUACUGAGGACACCUCCUCCCUGGGACAGUACCUGCCACUUAGGAACUUUCUUAGCAAAAAUAAAAAAACAAAAACAAUUCA